AUGAACUUCCUCCUCCUAACCUCCCUCCUCCUCGCCUCAAGCGCCCAUGCCAGACCUGUUGAGGUUCCGGCUGAGCUCUCCGGCGCUAUCACCGAGUUUGUUCCUGAGGAUGUCACUUCCCCAACCGUUGAUACUGCGGCGGUGCCCUCCCCAAUGACACCUGACUCUGCCACCAGCGCUCUCACCAAACGCCAGCAAGAUGUUUCAGAGGCUAUACAACCUUUUGCGGUAGUGGAUCUGGGCCCCCGUCAAGCCUCCGGCACCCUAGGCUCAGUCAAUCUCGAUAAGUCUCUAUCAAUCGACCCUAUUACCGGUUCUCUCCCUGAGUUUCCCCGCCAACGCCGCCAAGCCUCCGGCACCCUCGGCUCAGUCAAUCUCGAGGACUCUCUCUCAACCGACCCUACCACCGGCACUCUCCCCAAACGCCAGGAAGAUAUCAUAUGCGACAUACUUCCAUCGCUAAGCACAUGUUGA